AUGCAAGAUGAUAUAAAAACACAACUGCCACUGCUCAAUGAGACAGAACCCACGCUUCCAUCUUCUGAUACAACAAACCCAGCGAUAGAGACGCCUCCUAUCCACUUACCACUUAUAGACCCCACAUCAAAUCCUGAAGUCCUCGUAUUCAACCUUGAUGAUAUAAAACAGCUACGCAACAAGUAUCACAUUUUGGGUAUUCUAAUUGGCACAUUACAGCAAUACCCUCAACAAAAUAUAUUCUUAUCGGUGCCGUUGAAGCUAAACAUUUAUGAAGUUUUAUGGUUGGUUCAGUAUCAUUAUGCAAUUUUGAUUAAUCAAUUGGCAUAUCGGAAUGCCAAAUUGAAGAGGCGACAGGAGCAAUCACAGGGAAAGGUGGAAAAUGAUAAUUUGACAGAAAAUAACAUUUUGGUUGUGGAGAAUUGUGAGUCUGAACAUGAUGCCAAGCUAGCUCAAACAUUCAAAGUUUCAAUCCAAUCGUACUUGUCUGCAUAUUUUAAACACAGCAAUACCAAAAGCCUAUCUCAGCUCGUUAAUCAUUACAAAUACUACAAGUAUUUACAAAACCGUGGAUUCUAUAUCAAUCCAGGAUUGAAAUUUGGUGGAGAUUUGGUGAUAUACCCAGGAGACCCACUACGUUAUCAUUCUUAUUCAAUUGUAAAGUUUGAUGUAGUUGAUAUGUAUGAUAUCAUUGUUGGUGGGAGAUUGGCUACUAGUGUAAAGAAGAAUUUAAUCUUAAUGGAGAUGAAGGGAGAAAAGAAAGCCGACGAUGGUGAUGAUGCAGAUUUUGCCAAUGACACUCUUUUGGAACAGUUGUUUGAUGAUGAGGAUGAACCCAUGUGUUUUUCAAUCGAGUGGGCAGGUUUUGGAUAG